AUGAAGCUCUCGAUGCUCCUGACGCUUGCUGCUCUUCUUGUCCUGGUCGGCACCGUCCAGACAACACCCAUUGUCGACGACAGCUUGGCAGACAACGCCGAGGACAUGCGCCAGCGAAGCGCUGCCCGCAAGUUUGGCUUCCUCACUCCCGAUCUGACAAUGCCUGUUGGUGGUUUGCAGAGCACCGUCUCGAGAUCCGAUAUGCUUUCGACAGGUUCGCCAGCUCCGUGA